AUGAACGGGACUGCCUUCGAAAACUACGCUCAAAUCCCAAUUGCAAUCGUUGGCGGCGGCCUUGGCGGCCUUGCCCUAGCCAUCGGUCUACUCAAGUAUGGGAUACAGGUCCAUAUCUACGAAUCUGCCGAAGCCUUUUCCGAGAUAGGUGCAGGUGUUGCAUUUGGUAUCAACUCGAUAACGGCCCUGCAUCUAAUCGACCCGAAGCUACUCGAAGGCUACAAGAAGCAUGCGACAUUCAACGCCGAUCACGACCGCGCCAGCACAUUCAUGUCUUUCCGAUGGGGCAUCGAUGAGAUGAAACGUGACGGACACAAAGCAGGGGACGUGAUGUGGAAUCUGGACGAUGAUUGGCGAUCUGAGCGCGCCGAAGCUCUCGGUGUACGGACAAGAAGUUGCAUUCACAGGGCACGUCUGCUGGACGAACUUGUGGCGUUGCUGCCAGCAGAUGUCACAAGCUUUAAGAAGAGCUUCGUGACUGCUGAAGAGCAAAACGAUGGAUCGCUCAAGCUACGGUUCGCAGACGGCACAACUGCUUCGGCCAGCGCACUCAUCGGUUGCGACGGGAUCAAGAGCAAGGUACGAGAGCUUGUAUGCGGCUCAGGUGUUCAAGCCACCUACGCUGGGGAGGUAGCCUACCGAGCUAUGGUACCCAAAACGGAUGCUGAGAAGGCCCUCGGGUCCGAUCUUGCGUUUAACGGACACAUUUACUGUGGUUAUGGCGGAUACAUCGUUACGUAUCCUGUCGAGAAUUGCGACUUCGUCAACAUGGUUGCCAUACCGCAUGAUUCAGGCGAGACCUGGACCUGGAGUCAGAAUGAGUGGACAGUGCCAGCGACUGCCGAUGAAAUUCGUCAACGCUUUAAGGGGUGGUAUCCUUCGCUCAUUGAUAUAAUCUCUGAAUACAGUUUGCCCAGUAAAUGGGCCCUGUUCGACCUGCAGCAUGACGCGCCGUAUUACAAAAGUAAGAUUUGCUUACUUGGUGAUAGCGCCCAUGCAACAACACCACACCUCGGCGCAGGCGCUGGGAUGGCAAUGGAGGAUGCCUACCUGCUGAGCAAUCUGAUCGCCUCAAAUGGCAGCGUUGCGCAUAUUGAAAAUGCGUUUCGAGCAUACGACGCUGUAAGACGGCCACGCACGCAAAGCUGUAUCGAGAAGAGUCGCAAUGCAGCCAUGGUCAUGGACUUUCUGGAACCGGAGAUCGUUGAUGAUACAACGGCAUUGAAGGAGGCUCUGAGGACGUCAUACAAAUGGCUCUGGCACGAAGAUCUAGAAGCACAGCUCUGCAAAGCAAAGCAGUUUCUUUAG